UUUAAUCCUCCUGUUUUUAGUCAAGGGUUCCUCCAGCUCCUCUUCUCCGCCAAGAACAAAGAGGGAAACCAGAUCUGCGCCUCCCUCCGCUUCUCCUCCGAUCGAAAGAUUUUCGAUGGAGCUGUGCACUGAUUCUGCAAAAGAUGAGCCUGAGGCAUCAGCGGUGGCGUCAGAGGAUGGGAAUCCGAGGCUGGGUCUGGAGGACGCCGAUGGUGAAACUUUGGAGGCUAAGGAUGGAUCGGAAGAUGUGAUGGACGACGAGGUCUUUGAGGAGGCGAUGGAGCCUCCAACUCCGAUGUCGCUGCAAGCUUUUUCUGAUUCACGUGAUGAUCUGGAAACUAUCUUGGGGAAUGACGCAGUUGGUAAGCUGGAAAACCCUGUUGAAUUAGCUGAUGUGCAGGUGGGUGAUCAAAAUGUUGAAGAAGGAAACAAAGAAGAGGAAAUUGUUGGUUCUGAGGGAUUCAAUUUCCCAAACCAGUCCAGGCUGCAUCAUCAGAUGUCUGAUGGACAUGAAAAUGUUGAUCCUGAGAGAUCAUCAGAUGAGUCAACAGAUCCUUCCUUACCCUCUAAUCAGAGUUCAAAAGAACAAAAAUCUAUCGGAGAGCAAAAUUUUGAUGAGAUUGUAGAUGCUAAAAUUGAUGAUAUGAGAGCUGAGGCUGUAGCUGCUAAGAUUGAUGAAACUAUAGCUGCUAAAGUUGAUGCUCAGCAUAUUGACAAGGAUACAAUUGAGUUAGUAGCAGUUGAACCUAACAAAGGGGAUGCAGCUUGUGAUAAAUCAUGCCAUCUUUCUGGAGAAGGGGAUGUUGAACAAAAGGCAAUGCACAUUGAAACUGAUUCUCUGGUUUCAUGUAGCGAAGUUGUAAAUGAAACAGACAAAGUUGCAAAGAGAUCAUCAGAUGAGUCAACAGAUCCUUCCUUAUCCUCUAAUCAGAGUUCAAAAGAACAAAAAUCUGUUGGAGAACAAAAGUUUGAUGAGAUUGUAGAUGCUAAAUUUGAUGAUACAAGAACUGAGGCUGUAGAUACUAAGAUUGAUGAAACUGUAGCUGCUAAAGUUGAUGCUCAGCAUAUUGACAAGGAUACAGAUGAAUUAGUAGCAGUUGAACCUAACAAAGGGGAUGCUGCUUGUGAUAAAUCAUGCCAUCUUUCUGGAGAAGGGGAUGUUGAACAAAAGCCAAUGCACAUUGAAACCGAUUCUCUGGUUUCAUGUAGCGAAGUUGGAAAUGAAAUCGACAAAGUUGCAAAGAGAUCAUCAGAUGAGUCAACAGAUCCUUCCCUAUCCUCUAAUCAGAGUUCAAAAGAACAAAAAAUUGUCGGAGAGCAAAAAUUUGAUGAGAUUGUAGAUGCUAAAAUUGAUGGUGAUACGAGAGAUGAGACUGUAGAUGCUACGAUUGAUGAAACUGUAGCUGCUAAAGUUGAUGCUCGACAUAUUGACAAGGAUACAGAUGAAUUUGUAGCAGUUGAACCUAACAAAGGGGAUGCAGCUUGUGAUAAAUCAUUCCAUCUUUCUGGGGAAGGGGAUGUUGAAGAAAAGCCAAUGCACAUUGAAACCGAUUCUCUGGUUUCAUGUAGCGAGGUUGGAAAUGAAAUAGACAAAGUUGCAAAGAGAUCAUCAGAUGAGUCAACAGAUCCUUCCUUAUCCUCUAAUCAGAGUUCAAAAGAACAAACAUCUGUUGGAGAGCAAAAGUUUGAUGAGAUUGUAGGUGCUAAAAUUGAUGCUCAGCAUAUUGACAAGGAUACAGAUGAAUCAGUAGCAGUUGAACCUAACAAAGGGGAUGCAUCUUGUGAUAAAUCAUGCCAUCUUUCUGGAGAAAGGGAUGCUGAAAAAGAGCCAAUGCACAUUGAAACUGAUUCUCUGGUUUCAUGUAGCGAGGUUGGAAAUGAAAUAGACAAAGUUGCAAAGAGAUCAUCUGAUAUUGAGGAUGGUGAGAAAAUGUUCAUGCAGAAUAGAUCCAGUCCUAUGGCCUCACAUCAUGUGGAUGGAGAAGUAGAAGUUGCAAAUGGAUCUGAAUUCAAUAUUGGGACAACUAGCAAAGAACUACAAAGCGACAGAUGUGAGGUUGAAGAAUUUGAGAGAGUGGAAUCUGUUAUGCCAGAUGAUAAUGGAGAGCUAGCUUGUGAUACUAAUUCAAACAAAUUGACUCCUUUGGUGGAUAUGAAAGAUGAUUUGGUCAAGUCUGUGGUCAUCACUGAAGGGCUGGAAAAACUUCAGCAGCUGACAGCAAAUGAUGCCGAACUUGACACUAGUUUUGUAACUAAUGGGCACAGUACUGCGAAAAAUGAGGAUGCUGGUGGUGCAACUAAUGUUUCUGUUUCUAGGAUCAAUGAAGAUGCACCUCGUGCUCAUGUUGCUAAUGCAGCUGGUAAUGCAGCUAAUGGUUAUUCUAAAAAAGCUACAGGUGAUAUGCAUGGUUCCAACGAUAAACCUAAGGAGCAAUAUGUUGGAAACCUAAACUCUGGAUCAAGUGAAAAUACCCAACGUUCUACUCCAUCAACCUUACUUUCUCCAAAACCUGAAAACUCAAGAGGCUCUAGUUUGACAGCUCCAGCUGGCCUUGGUUCCUCUGCUUCUUUACCAGAGCCUUCUCUCCGUCCCCUUCAGCAAUCCAGGGGCUCUACCACUCUCACUAAUUCUCAACCAUCUAUUGUACCAUCUGAGGAGGAGGAGGAGAAUGAUGAGACACGCAAGAAGCUGCAAAUGAUUCGGGUCAAGUUUCUUCGAUUGGCCCAUAGACUUGGACAAACACCCCAUAAUGCUGUUGUUGCUCAGGUUCUGUACAGGCUAGGUCUGGCUGAGCAGCUCAAGAGAAACACAAAACGACCAGGUGUUUUUAGCUUUGACCAAGCUAGUGUUGUGGCAGGGCAACUUGAGGCUGCUGGACAAGAGACACUGGACUUCUCCUGCACAAUAAUGGUUAUUGGAAAAUCAGGGGUCGGUAAGACUGCUACCAUUAAUUCAAUAUUUGAUGAGGUUAAGUUGCCAACAGAUGCGUUCCUGUUAGGGACAAAGAAGGUUCAAGAAGUAGUGGGCAUGGUUCAGGGGAUCAAGGUUAGGGUUAUAGAUACACCUGGGCUUUUCUUAUCUUCUUUGGAUCAACAUCGCAAUGAAAAAAUUCUCCAUUCCGUCAAGAAGUUUAUCAAAAAGUCGCCUCCUGACAUUGUUCUUUACUUUGAUCGGUUGGACAUGCAAAGUAGGGAUUUUGGAGAUGCUCCACUACUGCAGACCAUCACAAACAUAUUUGGAGCAUCCAUUUGGUUCAAUGCAAUUGUUGUGCUAACACAUGCUGCUUCUGCUCCUCCAGAUGGCCCAAAUGGUAGCCCUUUGAGUUAUGAUAUGUUUGUGACUCAGAGGACUCAUGUGGUUCAACAAGCAAUUCGCCAGGCUGCUGGGGAUGUUCGGCUCAUGAAUCCUGUUUCUCUGGUUGAGAACCACUCGGCCUGUAGGAUGAAUAGGGCUGGUCAGAGAGUGCUACCAAAUGGCCAAGUUUGGAAACCACAGCUGUUGUUGCUUUCAUUUGCUUCAAAAAUUUUGGCAGAAGCCAACUCUCUCCUAAAUUUACAGGAUGGUCCUCCUGGUAAGCCAUUUGGAUCUCGUCGCAGAGCUCCUCCUUUACCCUUUCUCUUGUCUUCCCUUCUACAGUCAAGACCUCAACUUAAAUUGCCAGAAGAUCAAUUUGAUGAGGAUGACAACUUAGAUGAUGACUUGGCCGAGUCAUCCCGUUCUGAUGAGGGAUCAGAUUAUGAUGAGUUACCGCCUUUCAAGCCUCUCAGUAAAUCUCAAAUAUCCAAGCUUAGUAAAGCUCAGAAGAAGGCAUACUUUGAGGAGCUAGAUUACCGGGAAAAGCUCUUUUAUAAGAAACAACUCACGGAGGAGAGGAAGCAAAGGAAACUUGCAACUAAAUUGGCAGAUAUGGCUAAGGAUUUGCCUUUGGAGAAUAAUUUGGGGGAGGUUGAGGAAGAAUCCAAUGGUUCUGCAACUGUGCCAGUACCUUUGCCAGACUAUGUUCUUCCUCAUUCCUUUGACUGUGACAAUCCUUCUCACCGAUAUAGGUUUCUGGAUUCUUCCAACCAAUGGCUUAUCAGGCCUGUGCUAGAUUCUCAGGGUUGGGAUCAUGAUGUUGGUUAUGAAGGUUUGAAUGUUGAAAGAGUAUUUGUUGUCAAAGACAAGAUCCCACUAUCUGUUUCUGGUCAGCUGACAAAGGAUAAGAAGGAAUGCACUUUUCAAAUGGAGCUGGGUAGCUCACUAAAGCAUAGUGAAUCAAAAGCAACUUCUUUAGGUUUGGAAAUGCAGACUGUUGGGAAGGACAUCGCCUACACAUUACGUGGUGAAACAAGGUUUAGAAAUUUUAGGCGAAACAAUACAACUGCAGGAGCUUCAGUUUCUGUUCUUGGGGACUCAACGUCUGCUGGCAUAAAGCUGGAAGAUAAGCUUAUACUUAGCAGAAGAUUUAGAUUACUCAUGAGUGGAGGAGCAAUGACCGGCAAGGGUGAUGUGGCCUAUGGAGGCCGUCUUGAAGCUGUCUUACGAGACAAAGAUUAUCCUAUAGGGCAGGCACUGUCCACUAUUGCAUUAUCUUUCGUGGAGUGGCAUGAUGACCUCUCGCUCGGCUGCAAUAUUCAGUCUCAGAUCCCUUUUGGCAGAGGAACUAAUAUCACCGGUCAUGCAAACUUGAAUAACAGAGGAACUGGCCAAUUUGGUAUUCGCUUGAAUAGUUCAGAACAUCUUCAAAUAGUUCUGCUUGCCAUGGUCCCUAUACUAAGAAAUCUUCACAGAACAUUCUUUGGUUCCUCUCACUCCAUGUGAGCUGCUCUCUGCUGUGGUUGAAGGGCAAGCAACAUGAUAAGCUUCUCUAAUAUGUGAACCGUGUUCUACAACAAGUAAGUUUAGUUUCCGAGUAUUAACCUUCUCUUUCGCUGUGAAGUUUGCUUUAUUACUGAAAUAGAAGAAUAACCUGCUAGCUGACCUAGCAGUUUCCUUGUAUUAGAUUGCAUCAACGAGCCACUUGAGGUUCAAUGAUGGUUCAAUGAUGGGUAUAUGAACUGAAGUUUUUGUCUAAUGAUCGCGUUAAAUAGAGGGCUGUACUCCAUUGACCAUCAUGAACUGCGACAUGCCUCAAAUUAGAUUUGUACUUUGGAAAUGUUAUGUUCUUAAAAUCAAUAUGGAUGACUUGAUGGUCAAUAUGGAUGACUUGAUGGCCAAUUAUUCCA